AUGCUCAUCACAGAGACGCAUAAGGAUGUGCCUACAAAGGCGGGUGGUGAUAUGAGGAUCUUCCUCUUCCAUCCAAGUAUUCCAAAUUAUCCGAAGGCCAAGUUUCCUGGCGUCGUCGUGUUUAGUGAAAUCUAUCAAGUGACUGGCCCCGUCGCCCGCUUCGCCAGACAAAUUGCUUCCCAAGGAUACAUUGUCGCCGCACCGUCUUCGUACCAUGAAUUCACGGGCCCUGAAGCGCUCGCAUACGAUGGUCCAGGAACCGACAAGGGAAAUGAGUGGAAAAUCACAAAGACGGUUGAAGCAUACGAUGAAGAUGCAACGUUGAGUAUCGAUACGUUACUGGCAUUGGAGACGUGUAAUGGACGUGUUGGCGCCACCGGCGGGCAUCUUGCCUAUCGCUGUGCCCUUGACCCACGCAUCUCCUCCGCCAUCUGCUACUUCGCAACCGACAUCCACUCGCGCACUCUCGGCGCUGGGAAAUCCGACAACAGCCUCUCCCGCGCCCGCGACAUCAAAGGCGAACUCGUCAUGAUCUUCGGCAAACUGGACAACCACGUCCCUCCCGAGGGGCGCGAUCUGAUCCGCAAGACGCUGCACGAGGCGGGCGUGACGUUCAGCUUCUAUGAGCACGCGUGGGCCCAGCAUGCGUUCAUCAGGGAUGAGCUGAGUAAGGGACGAUAUGACGCGGCAUUGACCGGUGUGUGCUUUGAGAUGCUGAAGGAGCUUUUUGGUCGGACGUUGAGAAGUGAGCUUGGGCCGAGAGAUGGAGCCGAAGUGGAAGUUGAGGAUAUUUGCUGA